AUAAACUGACAGAUUUUAAAUUACUGUUUUACUGCAAACCAUGCACUUAUACCAACUUAGCUUAUACGUAUACAUAUAUCACAAACGUCACCAAUUUUGUUUUAUAUUACUAUGAGUAAUUAAAGAACCAAGAAAGCACUUUCAAAAACCACAAACAAAUGUAAAAUACAACAUAUUGAUAAUCAAAGGGAAAUUAAAGGUACAAAUCAUCAACCAGGGGUAUACGUAAUUAACCAAACAAAAACACACCACAAUGAAACAAUUCAUUACAACAAUCUUAUAAUAAAUGAUACAUCACCAAUUACAUGAAAGUGAUAAUUCAAGGACUCGAUGUAGCUGCAGAAGGCGGGGGAGAGAAGAACGGAAUGGAUGGGAGACUAGUCGGAAGAGAAGGAAUGGACGGGAGAUUAGUCGGAAGGGAAGGAAUUGUUGUCGGAAAUGAAGGCAAAGUUGGCACUGGAGGCAUUCCAGUGGGAAUUGUUGGAAGAUUUGGUUGUGGCAAAGCUGAUGGCAAUGGAAAUGGAGACAUUGCAGUGGGCAUUGUGGGAAGAGUUGGUAAAGAUGGUUGUGGCAACGUUGAUGGCAAUGGAGGUAGUCCCAUUGUUGGGAUUGGCAGAUUUGGAAUUUGUUGGAGAAGGCGGCGUGAUGCUGAGCAUGUGUUGAUCAUCAUAGAGGAAGAGAGGCUCACUAAGAAAGCAAUGAGAAAGAGCUUGUAUGAUGCCAUUGAUCUGGGUGUGUUGAUGAAUCUCUAAUUAUGUUUAAGCCUCUCUAAUUGCUUCACUUGUAUUGCUUGUUUUUGAUGAGAAAUUCAAAGAUAUGUGAUUGAGUUUAUAUAGUGGCAAGAGUCUUUAUGGAUUACAAAGACUUUGCAUACAAUAUCU